AUGUUGAGGAUGAAAUUGUUGAUCGUCGUGGUAUUAGUGAGUUACGGGGUUCAGGCAAGAAACGCGAAUGACAAUCGUGAGUUUAAUAAAGAAACGAACAAGAAACAUGGUGGUUCUAUGUUGAUGGAGAUUGCAAAAGAACUGGUUCAAAGAUCAUCGACCAGUAGUCAGGUGUUGAAUCUCAACUUAUCGAAUUUGUUGCUCUUAUUAGUACUAAAAGCAGUGGUAUUUAGUGCAGGAUACUUGGGACACCAUGGUUACAAAGGACGAGAAUUAGAACAAGAAAACGUGGUAUCUGAAGGAGAGGUCGCUCUAGCUUUAGGAUAUUUAAUUGGGGACAAGUGUUUGUAUAGAGCAGCUUGCGAAGAACCACGGGUUGCUAAAGAAUAUUUGGAAGCUGCAGAAAUGAUUCUCGAAACGAUGAAAUUGUUGCCUCAAGGACCGCCCAUCGAAGGGAAAUACGAAGAGACAAUGGCGGACUUCCGGAAGGCCAUCGAGUAUGGCAAUAAAAAUAAUUGCCCACCCGAGUACACUUGCAAAAAGGAAAAUAUCAAGAACUUUUUAAGAGAAGAACGAACAUCAUCGUAA